AUGAUAGAAUACAUGCCUUGCUCGAUACAUUUGCUCUGUGCAGUUGGCAUCGCUGGGGCCAGCGCGUGGGAGAUGGGCGAGCAAAGGCUGAUGGUGCUCGGCGAGGUGCGGGAGGCGAAGCUGGAGCCCGAAGCCAACUUCAGCUACACCGCUGGGAUCAGCGCGUGCGAGAAUGGCGAGCAGUUGCAGCGGGCACUGGCGCGGCUGAGCGAGAUGCGGGAGGCGAAGCUGGAGCCCGACGUUAUCAGCUUCAGCGCUUGGAUCAGCGCGUGCGAGACGGGCAAGCAGUGGCAGCGGGCACUGGCGCUGCUGUGCGUGAUGCGGUAG